AGGCAGACGGCCCCUCCUCACUUCCUCCUCCUGGGGAAUCAGAGCUAUUGUCUUGCCUGGCUUCCCCAUCCCACGACCCUGUCUGGUCACAAACACCCCACCAGCAAGCUCGGGGCACAUCUUGGAAGCAGCCAAAGGGGACUGCGAUGGGACGGGAGCCAUGAAUGGUGCCGCCCCCGGGCCUAGCCCCGCCGUCCCUGCUCCGGUCCCAGACUGGCGGCAGUUCUGCGAGCUGCACGCACAGGUGGCCGCCGUGGACUUCGCACACAAGUUCUGUCGCUUCCUUCGGGACAACCCUGCCUACGACACUCCUGACGCCGGGGCCUCCUUCUCGCACCACUUCGCGGCCAACUUCCUGGACAUCUUCAGAGAAGAGGUGCAGCGGGUGCUGGUGGCCGGGCCGGCAUUGCGGGAGACAGCGGAGCACGAGGCCAUGGAGCCCGAGGCCUCCGCACCCCCGACCCUCAAGACGGCUACCUGCGGCCACUCCCGCAGCUCGGAGGAUGUGUCCGGCUCUGCCGCCAAGACCCGCGCCCGCAAGGGCUUCUCGCUACGCAACAUGAGCCUGUGCGUGAUGGACGGCGUGCGCGACAUGUGGCACCGCCGUGCCUCCCCGGAGCCUGAUGCGAGUGCCGCCCCCCGGGCCACCGAGCCCUCAGCAGAGCCGCGCGACAAGUGGAUGCGGCGCCUGCGGCUGUCGCGGACCCUGGCCGCCAAGGUGGAGCUGGUGGACAUCCAGCGCGAGGGUGCGCUGCGCUUCAUGGUGGCCGAUGACGCAGCCACGGGGCCCGGAGGCACCGCGCAGUGGCAGAAGUGUCGCCUGCUCCUGCGCAGGGCCGUGGCCAGCGAGCGAUUCCGCCUGGAGUUCUUUGUGCCACCCAAGGCCUCCAGACCCAAGGUCAGCAUCCCCCUGUCAGCCAUCAUCGAGGUCCGCACCACCAUGCCCCUGGAGAUGCCAGAGAAGGACAACACCUUUGUGCUCAAGGUGGAGAACGGAGCUGAGUACAUCCUGGAGACCAUCGACUCACUACAGAAGCACUCAUGGGUGGCUGACAUCCAGGGCUGCGUGGACCCUGGUGACAGCGAGGAAGACGCUGAGCUGUCCUGUGCCCAGGGAGGCUGUCUGGCCAGCCACGUGGGCUCCUGCAGCUGUGAGCUCCUGACAGAUGCAGACUUACCCCAGCCCCCAGAGACACCAGCACCUGGUGCAGUGGUGACAGCCCCAUACAGCCGUGCUCGAGAUGCCCUCGGAGAGUCCCUGCCGCAUGUCCCGCUAGAGACCUUCCUUCAGACCCUGGAGUUCCCAGGCACCAGCAGUGGUGACAGCAAUAACACAGGGGAAGAGGGUGCUGAGCCAGAUCCCAAUGUGGAGCCCAAGCUGGAACUCUCUGACUACCCCUGGUUCCACGGGACACUGUCACGGGUCAAGGCCGCACAGCUGGUGCUGGCAGGAGGGCCCCGGAGCCAUGGCCUCUUCGUCAUCCGCCAGAGUGAGACCCGGCCCGGGGAAUACGUGCUGACCUUCAACUUCCAGGGCAAGGCCAAGCACCUGCGCCUGUCCCUGAAUGGCCACGGCCAGUGCCACGUGCAGCAUUUGUGGUUCCAGUCCGUGCUGGACAUGCUGCGCCACUUCCACACCCACCCCAUCCCCCUGGAGUCAGGGGGCUCCGCCGACAUCACUCUACGAAGCUAUGUGCGGGCCCAGGGACCCCCACCUGGUAAGAUGUCCCCACCUGGCCCCUGUGAUAGAGCUAGAUAGGCAGCCGCCCAGCAUGUCUGGGGGGUGGGGCGGGAGGCUGAGCAACAAGUUCCGCGACCAGCACCAGCUCCUCAGGUACGCCCCUCCCUGAGCCCAGUGGCGGAGACUGUGAGCUGCGGGCGUGGGGGUGGGGAUGGAGGCAGUGGCAGCCCCGCCCCCAGGUCCCAGUGGUCCCUGGUUGGGUAGGGGGUCCUCAGAGUGGCACAGUUGGGUUCCCUGCAGCCCUGUACAGCUGUGGUUCACCCCUGGCGGGGUGCAUAAAGGGUUCAGCCUAGGCUGGUGGGGUGCUGUGUGCGACCCCAGAAGGUGGGCUGUCA